AUGGCAUCGGCAAGCACCGUACAGCUCCAACUCGACCAGCAUCCCGUCUACUACCGCAAUGGCAUCUCGAAUGAAUCAACCAAGAAGGUGUCUGAACUAAUGCAAGAGAACCACGAAAAAUUCCACAUCUUCUUCAACAACGAUGGCUUCCACAACCACAUAGCCCACCAGAUGCUGACUAUGUGGGCACUCAAGGCGUCGCCUGACCAGAUCCGGCGUGAAUACAACAGCAACAAAUUAUAUCAGAGGCCCUCCCAAAAGCCGGAUACCAAGACACUGCAGGAUCUGUCCGACCCACAGGUCUUCAUUAAACACCUCGGGCCCGAGCAACACUAUAAUGACUUUCUCGAAUUCUUCAAGGCAGAGAUGGAAAAGUCAAGCUGGCAGGAAGUCAUCAACAAAUAUCUCUUCGCAGGUGACGAGCGAGCUGAAACGAUGUUGGUCCGGAUGUAUGCUGGCUUCCUUCAUCCUAUCAUCCACUUGGGCUUCGGCAUUGAAUUCCAGCAACCAGCAGUGAUUGCGGAAGGUCUGGCGCAGGCAGCAUGUCACGACGACUGGAUAGGCCGCCUUUUGUUACCAGCGGAGAAGGCCGCGAAAGACAGAGCAGACGCGAGCUCGAAGAGCAUCGCUCAGCUUCUCGAUGAAAUCCAUGAUGACUCGGCUCUCCAGAGUGCUGCACGCUGGUCUGAUGGCAACAAGAUUCGCGACGGUAUUCUCGCACGUGCUGGUGACCGUAUGAUCGACAUCGCUGCUCAAGUCUGUGUCAAGCCGGAAGAGCUGCAGGAGAAAACAGCCGAGAUGACCAACGCCGUAGCCUACUACACCGGAGGAGCGCAGAAGGCUGACAAAGCUGUCAAGUUCGACUUUUACUACAUCCACUGUCUAAACAGCUCAAUCUUCUUCGCCUCGUUCCUCAAGCAAGAUUGGCUUAGUGACGCCAACAAAGUGCGAUUGCUUGAAUGGAAGAUCCGCCUUGAUCUGGCAAUGUACGCCUCCAGAAAGGCUCCCGAGAUCCGUCUUGGGGAUAUCCAGAACUAUCAGCCGAAGAAGCCCUCUGGCUGGGACGCCGUGCAGGACAGAGUCUGCGAUAUUGACGAUGAUGGACACGCCUCCAAACUGGUGAGGGCUAUUGCCAACGGAGGCCAAAUCUGCGCCCCGUACGAAGGCAAAGAUGGUUUCAGACUGAAGGGCAACGACUGGCUCAGCCUUGCACAUAUGGCGAUCGACUCAGUUGAGCUACCAGGUGAUCGCUGGGUCAGGUCGGCAGGUUUCGAUGAAGCGUGGGAGAAAGUCCCGCUGCGCGCCAAUCUGUGA